AUGCAUUCAACUGUUAUUCCUAAGAUUGCUAGUAAAAGUGGACUACAAAAUAAACCACAAGAAUCCAAAUGGAUUCAACAAAAUCUACCUUCUUAUCGGCCGCAAUAUUCAUUUAUUUGUAGUAUAAGUUUAAUUUUAUGUAUUGCAAUAGGAUGUUUAUCAAUAUCAGUAAUUAUAAGAAUAAAUUUAAAUAUGAUGGAAGAAAUAAGUAUUGAUUAUACAGAUUGUUAUAAAGAAAAUAAAUCAAAAAUUGUUAAAAUUGAUGAAAAAUAUAGAUUGUCUUAUCAUAAAACAACUUUUGAUGAGUAUAACAAUACAAUAUGUACUUUUCGACUUGAUAUUUUAAAAGAAAUAAAAGGAAAUAUAAUUUUUCAAUAUUCACUACAUAAAUUUUACCAAAAUUGGAAGUCAUUCUUUGAUGAUAGGAGUGAUUAUCAAUUAGAAGGACACCCAUAUUCUGUUGAUGCAUGUAAAAAAUUUAAAAUAGAUGAACAAAAUCAUCUUCCUAUUGCUCCAUGUGGAUCUGUCGCUAAUACAAUGUUUAAUGAUACAUUUAAUUUAUUUAUGUUAAAUAAUGAAAAUUAUUUUUAUCCAAUACCUUGGAAUACUGAAGGAAUUAUAUGGCCAACUGAUAAAAGUAAAAAAUUUAAAAAUCCAAGAAUUAAAGAAGGCCAGACAUUAUGUGAUGCUUUUUUAAAUACAUCUAAACCACCAAAUUGGAAAACUGAAAUUUGUAAAUUAGGUAAUAAUGAUACAGGUUAUGGUUUUCAAAACGUUGAUUUUAUUAUUUGGAUGAAAUCAGCUGCAUUACCACAAUUUAGAAAAAAUUAUCGUUCAUUAGUACAAAAAGAUGAGAUAUUUAAAAAUGGUCUUCCUGCUGGUUUAUAUCAAUUAGAUAUAAAAUAUUCAUAUAAUGUAGAAAGUUAUAAUGCUACUAAAAGAUUUAUAAUUACCACAAAUGGACUAUUACCAUCAAAAAAUAAUUUUCUUUAUAAAGCAUACGCAACAAUAACAGGAUUUCUUUUUGGAUCUGCUAUAAUACUUGGUAUUCUUGAGUUUAUAAAAAAAAGAUUUAUGUAA